AAAUGUAGCAUGAAAUAGUUUACCUGCAGAAACAUUGGACACGAGUUACUUGCAGUAAGUUUAAAUGAUGGUAUAUCUGUGAUCAGCAGCCAUGAUUUGGGUUCGAUCGCUGCUGGUUAUUGUCUCGGUGUUGUUGCUGAUUGGAGGCAGCGGCAUCUUCCAGUAUUCCCUGACAGCUUCCUUCACCAUGUCCCAUGACCCCUCUUGCAUCUACACUACCAGCACAUCCGACUCCUCUGCACUCCGCUGUGUCACUUCUCCUGGAAACUGUCACCCAUGGAUACAAGCAUCCGUCAUGGAACCUGUGCUCUUCACAGGAGUCAGACUGGCUGCAGAAGGACUAAGCAAAGACUUGGAUGCAUUGAAAGCAUUCAAAAUAAGCUAUUCCCAUGAUGCUUUGACCUGGAAGUAUCUUAAACCCAAAACCCUGAAAAAGAAAAUUAAGAAGGAUACAAGAGGUAAAUCUGCUGCUGCUGCUGGUGGUGCCCCGAUGUUUACCAUCCCCUGCCACUUUACAGCCAAACACCUGCGGGUUGAUCUACUGGCAGAGAGCAAGAGUAACAGAACAUGUCUCCACUUCAACCUUGUGGAACAAAAUGCUGUAGCAGUGAUGCCUGAGAGUGGAGGAGAGACCUUCAUCUUUACUGCUCUCUAUCAGCCCUCUAGCAUCAACACCAACAACACAAGGAAGCCACAUACCAGAGCAUCAACACAUCACUUGUCAAUAGGACGGACACUGCUACAAAUCUCAGAACUAUCGCUGGUUUUAAGCUGUACCUCAGGGUGUGGAGGGGACUGGAGCGAGCCUGUGACCCUGACAGUAACCUGCAUCAACUGUGGCGGACUGGGCAGUGUCAGCUACACAUGGGACAUACAGAUAGUACAACUGGAAGACCUGCCACGGGAGGUUUGGGAGGAUCGAGCCGUGUUUAGCAGUGAUAAUACAACGCUUACCUUGCCUGGCAGAUUCUUCAACCCUUUUGAGUCCUACGUAGUCAGUGUCUCAGGUACCAGCUCAGUGACAGAAGGGGGAGUGAACUAUACCAUCCCAGCCAAAGAACACACAUUAUACAUCACCUCCAGCAUCAAUACAACCUCCGCCUCAGUUGACAGCCGUGUGACUUUCUUAGUGCUGCUGAACAGUUCCGACUCAGACGUGUUGAUCGAGUUUGGAGAGUACGACAGCUGCAUACCCAACUUAGCCACCGUUUCAAAUACGACGAGAAGGACAUACCCACUCUCCAUGUUUUUACUGUCAAAUUACACAAAGGGGUUAAAAUAUGCAGUUUUCGACUUUCAGUUUCAUACUGAUGGCAACUUCAUCAUCAGUGCGACAACAACCGGCUUCCCAUCCAGUUCCUCUGAAGUCUCUGUUUCAGUAGUGUAUGAGAAGAUGGAAGUUGGUAUGUGCACUAAUAAUACCCACAUGAUCAAUGCUUCAACGAGUUUUCAGAAUGCUGAAAUCUGGGGCCUCUUAGAGGACUUGUACUUCAAAACCAGCGGGGGCGAUGCAUGUCCGUCUCUUACUGAAAGCUAUUCAUGGUCUCUUCAACGUUACACGGCUGGCAGCACGAGUAAAUGCACUUUGGAGGAGGACUUUGAAGCUCUGGAUUUGUAUGCUAACACUACACAUAAUCAAGUGCUGUCUAUUCCAUCUGGACAUUUAUCUGAUGGCCAUUACAAGCUUUGUCUGGCUUUGGAUAAGCAUAAUAACUCAGUCUUACUUGGCACAAGGACUGUUUGUGGCUUUAUUCAGUUACAGGAUGAUGAUUAUGAUGAUAUUCAAGAUCAUAUCAGCUGUACACAUGAGUGUCCUGGGGGCUGCACCGAGUCCGUGUCCCUGACGGCAUUAUGCACAGACUGUCAGGGCAACUACAGUUGGAACAUUCAGAAAAUAGGCUAUGGACUGCUCCCUCAGCAGGUGUGGGAGAAUCGUGCUGUGUCCUUCAGCAACAACGCAACACUGACUCUUCCUGGUGACUUCUUCAACCCUUUUGAAAGCUACAGCAUCAACGUCUCAGGUUCAUAUUUCUGGUUUACUGUGGAAGCAGUUUGCUUCAUUUCAUCAAACGACAACAAAGUGUACAUAACAUCCGACAGCAACACCACCUCAGUCCCUGUAGACAGCUACAUAACAUUCCUGCUGCUGGUCAAUGAUUCCUCCUCUUCAGUGUCCGUGGACAUUGGUGGACAGGACUCCUGCAUCCCCAGCCUUCAGACUCUUACACCAUCAGUCAGAAGUAGCUACCCUCUUUCUACCUUUCUGCUGUCUUCAUCCACAGAGGGACUGACAUAUGCCUUGUUUGGGACACAUUUGGGAAGGGGUGGCAACUUCAUCAUCAAUGCAUCAACAACUAGCCCCACACCCAGCCAGUCCCUAACAUCACUGGAUGUAGUGUAUGAGAAGAUUGAUGUGGGACAGUGUACUAAUGACACCAUUGUGAAUGGAACAUCCAGGAGUAUUCAAGCUGCCCCAGUGUACUUUAGAAGCCGUGAUUUGUACUUUAGUCUGUACACUACAGUGUCCUGUGUGUUAACCUCCCAGAACUACCACUGGACAGUGGUGUCUUACAAAGAGGAGGAUACCAGCAUGUGUUAUAGGGAGGAAGAUUUUGAAUCUGUCACCUUGGCUGCUGGCAGUGGGAACAGUGAGGUUCUUCACAUCUCUGCAGGGGCUUUACCUCAGGGUUAUUACAGAGUAGGCGUGACCUUUGAAAAACAUGACUCCAAUUCCUCUGUGGGCAGCAGAACUCUGUAUGGUUUCCUGCAGGUUGUAAAUGAGCCCCUUGUUGUCGUAAUGUCCCCCAGCGUCACACAUCUGGCCCAUGAUAGAAAUCUCCCUCUUGUCCUUAAUGCCAGUGCCAGCUACAACCCCAACGUGGGCCUUCCCACUACAAUCAGGUAUUCCUGGUAUUGCCAAAUAGACGGUCAGCCGUGUGAUUGUGUGCCUAAAAUGUGGCCUGGUGUCGGAAAUGACACUCAAAUAAUUCCUUUCACAGAACCAGUACUGAGGAUGGAAGGACGAUAUUUGACUGCAGGUCAGAACUACUCCUUCACUAUGACCCUAGACUCGGACAAUGUGACCGGGGGCAACCACACUGUCCUGGUGGCGGUCAGUGGUGUUGUCAGCAUGCAACUGCAGAUCAACUGUACAUCAGGGUGUGGGGACGAUUCUACAGAGCCUGUGACCCUGACAGUAGCCUGCACUGACUGUGACGGACUGGGCAGUGUCACCUACACAUGGGACAUACACAAAGGCCAAGUCGGGGUGCUGCCUCCUCAGAUGUGGGAGGGUCAUGCUGUGUUGAACAGCGACAAAACAACACUGAAUUUACCUGGACACUUCUUCAACCCAUUUGAGCUCUACAACAUCAGCAUCACAGCCCUAACCAAUGCUUCAUCUGAGGGGUCUGCUGUCCACAUGAUGCCAGUCAGGGAGGACCAAGUAUACAUAACAUCCGACAGCAACACCACCUCAGUCCCUGUAGACAGCUACAUAACAUUCCUGCUGCUGGUCAAUGAUUCCUCCUCUUCAAUGUCGGUGGACAUUGGUGGACAGGACUCCUGCAUCCCCAGCCUUCAUACUCUUACACCAUCAGUCAGAAGUAGCUACCCUCUUUCUACCUUUCUGCUGUCUUCAUCCACAGAGGGACUGACAUAUGCCUUGUUUGGGACACAUUUGGGAAGGGGUGGCAACUUCAUCAUCAAUGCAUCAACAACUAGCCCCACACCCAGCCAGUCCCUAACAUCACUGGAUGUAGUGUAUGAGAAGAUUGAUGUGGGACAGUGUACUAAUGACACCAUUGUGAAUGGAACAUACAGGAGUAUUCAAGCUGCCCCAGUGUACUUUAGAAGCCGUGAUUUGUACUUUAGUCUGUACACUACAGUGUCCUGUGUGUUAACCUCCCAGAACUACCACUGGACAGUGGUGUCUUACAAAGAGGAGGAUACCAGCAUGUGUUAUAGGGAGGAAGAUUUUGAAUCUGUCACCUUGGCUGCUGGCAGUGGGAACAGUGAGGUUCUUCACAUCUCUGCAGGGGCUUUACCUCAGGGUUAUUACAGAGUAGGCAUGACCUUUGAAAAACAUGACUCCAAUUCCUCUGUGGGCAGCAGAACUCUGUAUGGUUUCCUGCAGGUUGUAAAUGAGCCCCUUGUUGUCGUAAUGUCCCCCAGCGUCACACAUCUGGCCCAUGAUAGAAAUCUCCCUCUUGUCCUUAAUGCCAGUGCCAGCUACAACCCCAACGUGGGCCUUCCCACUACAAUCAGGUAUUCCUGGUAUUGCCAAAUAGACGGUCAGCCGUGUGAUUGUGUGCCUAAAAUGUGGCCUGGUGUCGGAAAUGACACUCAAAUAAUUCCUUUCACAGAACCAGUACUGAGGAUGGAAGGACGAUAUUUGACUGCAGGUCAGAACUACUCCUUCACUAUGACCCUAGACUCGGACAAUGUGACCGGGGGCAACCACACUGUCCUGGUGGCGGUCAGUGGUGUUGUCAGCAUGCAACUGCAGAUCAACUGUACAUCAGGGUGUGGGGACGAUUCUACAGAGCCUGUGACCCUGACAGUAGCCUGCACUGACUGUGACGGACUGGGCAGUGUCACCUACACAUGGGACAUACACAAAGGCCAAGUCGGGGUGCUGCCUCCUCAGAUGUGGGAGGGUCAUGCUGUGUUGAACAGCGACAAAACAACACUGAAUUUACCUGGACACUUCUUCAACCCAUUUGAGCUCUACAACAUCAGCAUCACAGCCCUAACCAAUGCUUCAUCUGAGGGGUCUGCUGUCCACAUGAUGCCAGUCAGGGAGGACCAAGUAUACAUAACAUCCGACAGCAACACCACCUCAGUCCCUGUAGACAGCUACAUAACAUUCCUGCUGCUGGUCAAUGAUUCCUCCUCUUCAAUGUCGGUGGACAUUGGUGGACAGGACUCCUGCAUCCCCAGCCUUCAUACUCUUACACCAUCAGUCAGAAGUAGCUACCCUCUUUCUACCUUUCUGCUGUCUUCAUCCACAGAGGGACUGACAUAUGCCUUGUUUGGGACACAUUUGGGAAGGGGUGGCAACUUCAUCAUCAAUGCAUCAACAACUAGCCCCACACCCAGCCAGUCCCUAACAUCACUGGAUGUAGUGUAUGAGAAGAUUGAUGUGGGACAGUGUACUAAUGACACCAUUGUGAAUGGAACAUCCAGGAGUAUUCAAGCUGCCCCAGUGUACUUUAGAAGCCGUGAUUUGUACUUUAGUCUGUACACUACAGUGUCCUGUGUGUUAACCUCCCAGAACUACCACUGGACAGUGGUGUCUUACAAAGAGGAGGAUACCAGCAUGUGUUAUAGGGAGGAAGAUUUUGAAUCUGUCACCUUGGCUGCUGGCAGUGGGAACAGUGAGGUUCUUCACAUCUCUGCAGGGGCUUUACCUCAGGGUUAUUACAGAGUAGGCAUGACCUUUGAAAAACAUGACUCCAAUUCCUCUGUGGGCAGCAGAACUCUGUAUGGUUUCCUGCAGGUUGUAAAUGAGCCCCUUGUUGUCGUAAUGUCCCCCAGCGUCACACAUCUGGCCCAUGAUAGAAAUCUCCCUCUUGUCCUUAAUGCCAGUGCCAGCUACAACCCCAACGUGGGCCUUCCCACUACAAUCAGGUAUUCCUGGUAUUGCCAAAUAGACGGUCAGCCGUGUGAUUGUGUGCCUAAAAUGUGGCCUGGUGUCGGAAAUGACACUCAAAUAAUUCCUUUCACAGAACCAGUACUGAGGAUGGAAGGACGAUAUUUGACUGCAGGUCAGAACUACUCCUUCACUAUGACCCUAGACUCGGACAAUGUGACCGGGGGCAACCACACUGUCCUGGUGGCGGUCAGUGGUGUUGUCAGCAUGCAACUGCAGAUCAACUGUACAUCAGGGUGUGGGGACGAUUCUACAGAGCCUGUGACCCUGACAGUAGCCUGCACUGACUGUGACGGACUGGGCAGUGUCACCUACACAUGGGACAUACACAAAGGCCAAGUCGGGGUGCUGCCUCCUCAGAUGUGGGAGGGUCAUGCUGUGUUGAACAGCGACAAAACAACACUGACUUUACCUGGACACUUCUUCAACCCAUUUGAGCUCUACAACAUCAGCGUCACAGCCCUAACCAAUGCUUCAUCUGAGGGGUCUGCUGUCCACAUGAUGCCAGUCAGGGAGGACAAAGUAUACAUAACAUCCGACAGCAACACCACCUCAGUCCCUGUAGACAGCUACAUAACAUUCCUGCUGCUGGUCAAUGAUUCCUCCUCUUCAGUGUCAGUGGACAUUGGUGGACAGGACUCCUGCAUCCCCAGCCUUCAAACUCUUACACCAUCAGUCAGAAGUAGCUACCCUCUUUCUACCUUUCUGCUGUCUUCAUCCACAGAGGGACUGACAUAUGCCUUGUUUGGGACACAUUUGGGAAGGGGUGGCAACUUCAUCAUCAAUGCAUCAACAACUAGCCCCACACCCAGCCAGUCCCUAACAUCACUGGAUGUAGUGUAUGAGAAGAUUGAUGUGGGACAGUGUACUAAUGACACCAUUGUGAAUGGAACAUCCAGGAGUAUUCAAGCUGCCCCAGUGUACUUUAGAAGCCGUGAUUUGUACUUUAGUCUGUACAGUACAGUGUCCUGUGUGUUAACCUCCCAGAACUACCACUGGACAGUGGUGUCUUACAAAGAGGAGGAUACCAGCAUGUGUUAUAGGGAGGAAGAUUUUGAAUCUGUCACCUUGGCUGCUGGCAGUGGGAACAGUGAGGUUCUUCACAUCUCUGCAGGGGCUUUACCUCAGGGUUAUUACAGAGUAGGCAUGACCUUUGAAAAACAUGACUCCAAUUCCUCUGUGGGCAGCAGAACUCUGUAUGGUUUCCUGCAGGUUGUAAAUGAGCCCCUUGUUGUCGUAAUGUCCCCCAGCGUCUCACAUCUGGCCCAUGAUAGAAAUCUCCCUCUUGUCCUUAAUGCCAGUGCCAGCUACAACCCCAACGUGGGCCUUCCCACUACAAUCAGGUAUUCCUGGUAUUGCCAAAUAGACGGUCAGCCGUGUGAUUGUGUGCCUAAAAUGUGGCCUGGUGUCGGAAAUGACACUCAAAUAAUUCCUUUCACAGAACCAGUACUGAGGAUGGAAGGACGAUAUUUGACUGCAGGUCAGAACUACUCCUUCACUAUGACCCUAGACUCGGACAAUGUGACCGGGGGCAACCACACUGUCCUGGUGGCGGUCAGUGGUGUUGUCAGCAUGCAACUGCAGAUCAACUGUACAUCAGGGUGUGGGGACGAUUCUACAGAGCCUGUGACCCUGACAGUAGCCUGCACUGACUGUGACGGACUGGGCAGUGUCACCUACACAUGGGACAUACACAAAGGCCAAGUCGGGGUGCUGCCUCCUCAGAUGUGGGAGGGUCAUGCUGUGUUGAACAGCGACAAAACAACACUGACUUUACCUGGACACUUCUUCAACCCAUUUGAGCUCUACAACAUCAGCAUCACAGCCCUAACCAAUGCUUCAUCUGAGGGGUCUGCUGUCCACAUGAUGCCAGUCAGGGAGGACAAAGUAUACAUAACAUCCGACAGCAACACCACCUCAGUCCCUGUAGACAGCUACAUAACAUUCCUGCUGCUGGUCAAUGAUUCCUCCUCUUCAGUGUCAGUGGACAUUGGUGGACAGGACUCCUGCAUCCCCAGCCUUCAAACUCUUACACCAUCAGUCAGAAGUAGCUACCCUCUUUCUACCUUUCUGCUGUCUUCAUCCACAGAGGGACUGACAUAUGCCUUGUUUGGGACACAUUUGGGAAGGGGUGGCAACUUCAUCAUCAAUGCAUCAACAACUAGCCCCACACCCAGCCAGUCCCUAACAUCACUGGAUGUAGUGUAUGAGAAGAUUGAUGUGGGACAGUGUACUAAUGACACCAUUGUGAAUGGAACAUCCAGGAGUAUUCAAGCUGCCCCAGUGUACUUUAGAAGCCGUGAUUUGUACUUUAGUCUGUACACUACAGUGUCCUGUGUGUUAACCUCCCAGAACUACCACUGGACAGUGGUGUCUUACAAAGAGGAGGAUACCAGCAUGUGUUAUAGGGAGGAAGAUUUUGAAUCUGUCACCUUGGCUGCUGGCAGUGGGAACAGUGAGGUUCUUCACAUCUCUGCAGGGGCUUUACCUCAGGGUUAUUACAGAGUAGGCGUGACCUUUGAAAAACAUGACUCCCAUUCCUCUGUGGGCAGCAGAACUCUGUAUGGUUUCCUGCAGGUUGUAAAUGAGCCCCUUGUUGUCGUAAUGUCCCCCAGCGUCACACAUCUGGCCCAUGAUAGAAAUCUCCCUCUUGUCCUUAAUGCCAGUGCCAGCUACAACCCCAACGUGGGCCUUCCCACUACAAUCAGGUAUUCCUGGUAUUGCCAAAUAGACGGACAGCCGUGUGAUUGUGUGCCUAAGAUGUGGCCUGGUGUCGGAAAUGACACUCAAAUAAUUCCUUUAACAGAACCAGUACUGAGGAUGGAAGGACGAUAUUUGACUGCAGGUCAGAACUACUCCUUCACUAUGACCCUAGACUCGGACAAUGUGACCGGGGGCAACCACACUGUCCUGGUGGCGGUCAGUGGUGUUGUCAGCAUGCAACUGGAGAUCAACUGUACAUCAGGGUGUGGGGACGAUUCUACAGAGCCUGUGACCCUGACAGUAGCCUGCACUGACUGUGACGGACUGGGCAGUGUCACCUACACAUGGGACAUACACAAAGGCCAAGUCGGGGUGCUGCCUCCUCAGAUGUGGGAGGGUCAUGCUGUGUUGAACAGCGACAAAACAACACUGACUUUACCUGGACACUUCUUCAACCCAUUUGAGCUCUACAACAUCAGCAUCACAGCCCUAACCAAUGCUUCAUCUGAGGGGUCUGCUGUCCACAUGAUGCCAGUCAGGGAGGACAAAGUGUACAUAACGUCCAACAGCAACACCACCUCAGUCCCUGUAGACAGCUACAUAACAUUCCUGCUGCUGGUCAAUGAUUCCUCCUCUUCAGUGUCGGUGGACAUUGGUGGACAGGACUCCUGCAUCCCCAGCCUUCAAACUCUUACACCAUCAGUCAGAAGUAGCUACCCUCUUUCUACCUUUCUGCUGUCUUCAUCCACAGAGGGACUGACAUAUGCCUUGUUUGGGACACAUUUGGGAAGUGGUGGCAACUUCAUCAUCAAUGCAUCAACAACUAGCCCCACACCCAGCCAGUCCCUAACAUCACUGGAUGUAGUGUAUGAGAAGAUUGAUGUGGGACAGUGUACUAAUGACACCAUUGUGAAUGGAACAUCCAGGAGUAUUCAAGCUGCCCCAGUGUACUUUAGAAGCCGUGAUUUGUACUUUAGUCUGUACACUACAGUGUCCUGUGUGUUAACCUCCCAGAACUACCACUGGACAGUGGUGUCUUACAAAGAGGAGGAUACCAGCAUGUGUUAUAGGGAGGAAGAUUUUGAAUCUGUCACCUUGGCUGCUGGCAGUGGGAACAGUGAGGUUCUUCACAUCUCUGCAGGGGCUUUACCUCAGGGUUAUUACAGAGUAGGCGUGACCUUUGAAAAACAUGACUCCAAUUCCUCUGUGGGCAGCAGAACUCUGUAUGGUUUCCUGCAGGUUGUAAAUGAGCCCCUUGUUGUCGUAAUGUCCCCCAGCGUCACACAUCUGGCCCAUGAUAGAAAUCUCCCUCUUGUCCUUAAUGCCAGUGCCAGCUACAACCCCAACGUGGGCCUUCCCACUACAAUCAGGUAUUCCUGGCAUUGCCAAAUGGACGGUCAGCCAUGUGACUGUGUGCUUAAGAUGUGGCCUGGUGUCGGAAAUGACACUCAAAUAAUUCCUUUCACAGAACCAGUACUGACAAUUGAAGGCCGACAUUUGACUGCAGGUCAGAACUACUCCUUCACUAUGACCCUAGACUCGGACAAUGUGACCGGCAGCAACCACACUGUCCUGGUGGCGGUCAGCGGUGUUGUCAGUCUGCAUUUCAACAUCAGCUGUGAAAGUGGGUGUGGUGGGAUAUUUGAGCCUUCAGAAACUCUUUCCUUCAAAGUGAGCUGCCUUGACUGUUUUGGAACAGUCACUUACUCGUGGAGGGUUGAGCGGAACGGCAUGGAGGGCCUCCCAGUCACCUCGUGGGCUCCAAAUGCUGUGGUAGGCAGUGACGGAUCUCUCACUGUGCCUCCCGGCACCUUAAUGCCAUGGGAGUCAUACAACUUCAUUGUCCGAGGCACAAUCAACCCUUCAGGCGAGGCAUCCUAUACUAUUGGCUUUCAAGACUAUCACGUGUUCCUCUUACCCCAAAACAUCAGUGUAUCCACAGGGAGCCUUCUCCUGUUCCUUGUACUGAGCAGUUCAUCUAAUGAAGUGGUAAUACAGCUAGCAAUAGAUACCACAUACCUGUGUACAUCCAGCAUGUCAGUAGUAACACCAGCAGGAAGAGCCACCUAUCCUCUAUCGUUCUUCAACCUGACAGAUCAGACUGACAGUCAGACCUACCAAGUCAUCAGUCAGCAGUUUACAGUACCAGGCGUGUAUAUCAUCUCGGCGUACACCAACGUCGGUGAUGAAACGUUCUCUUCGACAUUAACAGUCACUGUACAAAAUGCACACAGUUGUUCAAUGAGCGUUGAAAUCCUCGGUGUUGGGGAUAGCUUACUGACAGCUACAGAGUACACUUUGGGCCAUGACAUCCAUUUUACAUCCACAUACUCGUCUGUGUGCGAGGAGAUGACCAUUUUGUCAUACAACUGGACAGUAUCCCAAGACUUGAUCAGUGAUCCACAUAGAUGCAGAUUUGAAGAUGAUUUUCAAGAGGUGACCCUGCCAGUGACCUCUGCGGUAGUGUUAAGUGAGUCGUUUCAUAUCGGCAAAAAGAUACUGCCCCUUGGCUACAACAGGCUGUGUUUGGUGAUCGUCUUCAGGACAGGAUCUGUUGAAUACCAGAGUCAAGCAUGUGGUUAUUUGAAAAUGCUCACAGAACCAUUAGUGACAUCACUGUCUCCUUCUGCAUCUUUCCUGACACUGCCCAGAAAUCGCCCCCUGGUGCUGAAUGCCAGCACAAGCUAUAACCCCAACUCAGAUGACCAGUCAAACAUCAGUUUUGCCUGGUCCUGUGCACAGAACGGAGGGUUAUGUGACUUCUUCAACACUAUGUGGCCGGGACAGAGUGCUGACAGCAUCCUGCCAGUUUCAGGAGCAGUUUUGACAAUACCAUCAGAUCUGCUCACACUUGAGCAAACAUACAGAGUGAGUAUUAGACUGUCAAAGUCAGGAUUGGAAGGAUCAGCCGCAAAUAUCAGUGUCCUCAUCACCAACCCAACGACACCAUCACUCCUUGUGAGGUGUAAGUUGGGUUGUGGGGUGAAGCUGAACCCGUCCGAGCUCCUGGCUUUGGAAGCUGUGUGUGUCAACUGUGAUGACAGUGGACUGUCCAUACAGACCUAUCAGUGGUCCGUCACCCGCUCCUCCACAAACCUGCCUAUAGAUGCAGCCAAGCUUGCUGUUGGAACAACUACCGGCAUUCGUCAGUCAGUGUUUGUACUGUCGGCCAACUUCUUUGAGGUCUCCGAUGUUUAUGACAUCAGGGUAACAGCAACCAACAGUGAGUCUGAGGAAGGUGCCACAGUUUACACUGUGAUCACCAACAGCCCCCCUAGCCCCGGGUCCUGCAGCAUCUCCCCCCAGUCAGGCCAGGCCAUCGUCACCCAGUUCACUGCCAUGUGCAACAACUUCGUAGAUGAAGACUUGCCCUUGCUGUAUCGGAUGUAUCUGCAGAAUGAAGCUGGGCAAAAUGACAUGCUGCUGUACUAUGGCCAGGAGUCGUCAACCUCCCACCUGACACUUCCUGCAGGGCUGGAGAGCAGGAACUACACACACAAUGUGUCCAUCCUGGUGUUUGAUUCUUAUGAUACAAGCACCUCUGUCACUGUCUCGGUACAGGUGCUCAGCCUUCAGACAGGGUCUGAGUCUGUGAGUGAAGUACUUCGGGACAUGGUCCAAAACUUGUCAGUAACAACAAGCAGUCAGGCAGGCAAUCAAGAUAUUCUACGAUUGGCUGAAAAUAUUGCUACAAGUCUCAAUGACGAAGUUGGUGACUCAGCUGAAGAAAGUAAAGUUAAACGAUCAGAGACUCGCGAGAUUCUUCUGACGAAACUGUCCGAUGUUGAAAUAAAAAGUCAAGACUCCCUUGAGCAGAUGACCAACAUUAUCGGAGAACUCACCACAACAACUGUAGAACUUACAGAUACUAUGCAGGACCUUGCUGUCAAUGUUAGUGCCCAUCUGACUGAGAGCUUGGGAGAUGUAGCAGAAACUGCACCCACAGUGGCCAAAUCCAUAGCUAUGAAGCAGCUCCUCAUCCUGGAGAACCUCAUAGAGCUGACUGUUAACCCAGGGGCAGAGACGACUCCAGCCCCGGGUUCAGGAACCAGCAUCCCACCAACCAAGACAAAGAUAGAAGAAAAGACAAAGCCGAUUCUAGAUGUGUACGAGAAAAUUGGAGACGCCAUGUUGCGAGGAAUACAGUUUGCCUCUGAGGAACCACUACAUAUAGAGUCUAAGAAGACGUCUCUGGCACUUGCCUGGACUAAGGCAGAUGACGACAGUGACAUGGAGCUGACUGCUAAACUACAGGACAAUGGACAGGCGGGACAAAUUAAGAUUCCAAUCAAGUCAAGUCUCCAGAAAAGCUCUACAAUCAGCACUGAUGUUGAAGCAGUCAAUGUUCAGGUCCAGGUGAUGUCAAGCAAUCCUUUUGUUUGGGAUGACUCAGCUGAGGGCAUCAACCUCCCGAUUGUCAACAUCAUCCUGAAGAGCCGAGGGCUGCAUGGAAGGAAGCUGACGCUGGAGGACCUGCUGAAGCCCGCUGACAUCAUCAUCACUGAUAACACAACAGUCUCUGAGCAUGCCUGGGAGAACCAUGAGCUAAACGUAACUGUUGACAGCAACAGCAACAACAUCAUCUCCUCAGACAGCAAAGCCAUCAAAAUCGCCAGCAACAGCUCAUUGAUGGUCAAACUUAAUAGUGUAAACACUUCUCUCACACUAAAGGUAUUGGUCAAAAUUAACAGCGUCCUCUUCGCCAAUGAGGUAGUAGACUCUGGAUUUGACAUGCCACUCUCCCCCAACCUGUUACUGCGGUCAGGGAACUUAACCCAGGCCCCGGACCUGGUGUUCCUGCCCAAGAUGGAGGGCAAUGACUCCUACUAUACUGUCGGUUUCACAAUCAAGCCUGGCCAGAGUCUGGACACAGAAGGGCUAAAGAAUGGAACACUGGUGAAUGUGAGAGUCGAGACCUACAGUUUGACCUGCUCCUACUGGGACGAAGGCCUGGAGAUGUGGAGCACCAGGGGCUGUCUGGUUAGUCCAUUCACGACACUGGAGAGCCUUCAUUGUCUGUGCAACCAUCUGUCGGUGUUUUCGGGAGGUAUCUUUGUGGCUCCCAACACUGUCAAUCCCGUCACAGAUAUUGUUCUCUUCCUACAAUUCUUUGACAACCCUGUUGUUGUGUCAGCUGUCAUUGCCCUGUGGGGAGUUUACCUUCUUGUUCUGUCCUGGGCAAGACAGAAGGAUAAGGACGAUGCCAAAAAGAAAUCAUUACAGAUAGGAACCACAGUACUGGCUGACAAUGACCCCAGUGACAAGUAUGUGUACCUGAUCUGUGUGGUGACUAGCUGGUGGCCCCAGGCCGGUACCACCGCCAAUAUCUUCCUCUACCUCCGGGCACGCUACAGGCAGAGUGCUCGUCACAUCCUGGCAGACCCACAUCGGAAGCUGUUCACUCCCGGGGCAGAGAAUUGGUUUGUCCUCACCACCAGCAGGAGACUCGGCAAAUUGAAAUCUGUUGUUGUCUGGCAUGACAACAAGGGGAAGAACCCAUCUUGGUUCUUGAAGGAGGUGGUAGUCCGUGACAUCCAGACUAAAGAAGUAUGGCACUGUCUGUAUGAUGACUGGCUUGCUGUCGACAGAGGACCUGGCUUCAUCCAGGUGGAAAUCCCAUCUCUCAGUCAGACCAACAUGGAUGAUCAUCACCUGUACCAAUUCAUGCUCCAGUCCAGUCAAGACUUCCGGAACAGUCAUCUGUGGAUCAGCAUCUUCUCCAAGCCAGCCUACAACCAGUUCACGCGAGCCCAGCGGCUGACGUGCGGCCUGUGUCUGCUCCUCACCACCAUGUUGACCAGCAUCAUGUUCCAUGGGGUGCCCACCGACGCCCCGGAGGACCAGGUCCAGAGUGGCCAGGUGGCUCUGUCUCUCAGUGGAAUUGUCAUAGGAAUCCAGAGUGGCUUGAUUAUGUUUCCUAUCAAUACUAUCUUCCUUGAGCUCUUUACUCGGACAGCUCCUAAAGAAGUUCCAAGUUUGAAAUCAUUGCCGGGGGAGGGAAAUAGGGAUGCUACAAGUAAGACUGGAAAGGAUGAGGUAUGUGAAGAAGAUAUAGAGAUUUCUAUUUGUAAUACAAGAACAGAGUCAGGGUCACGGAAAGCUAAAUGCAAAGAUCUGAAGUGCUGUGUUUCAAGGAAUUCUUCUGAAGUGGUCAGUGAUUCUGAGUCAACUGGAUCUAACGCAGAUAAACCUUCAGUAAAAGAAAAAAGGAGUGAUAAGGUGGAUUUUGUAAAAGCAGACACCUGUGGUGGGGAUUCAGUAACAGUAGGCACGGAUGAAGUGGAUUUGGCAAUGUCACGUGCAAGGAGAAAAAGCAGUACAACACAGACAGUUGACGCAAAGAAAAAAGUGAAAAAGUCAUUCAGCUUCCCCUGGUGGUUCCUGUACAUUACCUGGACACUGUGCCUGGCUACCUGCAUCAUCUGCUCCUUCUUUGUGAUGCUGUACGGCCUCAAGUACGGCUACCAGAAGAGUGUGGACUGGCUUGUGUCUUUCUUAACUGCCUUCACGCAGAGCGCCACCGUCACUCAGCCAAUCAAGGUGGUCGUCCUGGCAGUGCUCCUCACACAAAUACUCAAGCGACCAGUGAAUUACGACAGCUGGACGCCUACUGAAGAGGAGGAAGUGGAGACGUUGAGAGAGAAAGUGGCAUCACAAGUUAAAUCUCAAGUGACUGAUCACCAGCGAUAUUACACCCCCCCACUGUCCACUCGAGUGCUGCAGGAAAUUUGUAAAAGAAUCCAACUUGAUAACAAAGCCAGGAUGAUACUGUAUGAGAUUCUUCUGUAUUUCACCUUUGUGGCGAUAGUUCUACUGAUGAUCUAUGGUCACAGGGACAUCAACCUGGUGUACAGGGUCACCCACACCACAGAGACUAUGUUCACAGAGGGCACAGGAUUUAGUGAGGUGUCCACAGUGGACUCCAUGUGGAAGUACCUGCAGGGGGACUUUCUGAACAACCUUGUGUCAGGCACUGAUGCUUCAUCCCCAACAUCUUGCCAAGCUUCGUACCUUCUGGGAAAAGCUCGACUGAGGCAGCUGAGAUUGAAUCCUGGUACAUGUUCCUAUCCAGCAAUUAUGAAAAAGUUUGCAUCCGUCUCCUGUACGGGCCCUUAUUGGCUAUCAGAUGAAGAAACUGGUCACUACAACACCUCCUGGUCCAAGUCUGUGGCCACCCCUGCCACAACCACAAUGUACACCUACCAGUCUUCAUUCCAGUUGGUCACCAUACCAUUUGUUGGCCUGCUUGCCACCUACUCGGGUGGCGGCUACGUCCAGGAGCUGCCCAGGUUACCAGACAGCGCCAGAGGUGUCAUGGACAUUAUCCAAAGUUCGGACUGGAUCGAUCAGUACACUCGGGCCCUGUUUGUGGAAUUCAAUCUGUAUAACCCGAAUGUUAACCUGCUGAGUGUCGUCAUCCUGGUGUUUGAAUUCACCAACUUGGGAGGUGUGUUUCCUUACUACCAGAUCUUCACAUCAAAGCUGUAUCACUACAGUGGGGAGUUUGAACAGUUUGUGGCAGCGUGUGAAGCCAUGUUUCUCAUAUAUGUAAUUAUUUUCACAUACCUGGAAAUCAAAAAGUACAGACAGAUGUCAACCUCUGAAUAUUUCCAGGACACCUGGAGUUAUGUUGAGAUUAUCAUCCUUGCUCUGUCCUACACUGUCUUCGGGCUGUUCAUACAGAGGAUUGUCACAGUGGACUAUUCCAUCAAACUCUACAAAGAGUCCAUGGGACAGUCCUUCGUCAGUUUCUACCCUGCAGCUUCGAUCGACAUCAUCCUACAGUACGUCAUGGCAGCACUUUCAAUUUUCAUAAUUCUCAAAGUCUUCAAACUACUCCGAUUCAACUUAAGAAUGUCCAUCUUAGCUGGAAGUUUAAAACGCUGCAGAGGCAUCUUGUUUCAGUUCUUCAUCAAAGUUUUCUUGUACACAAUGGCCUUUGCUUGUUUUGGUCUGUUAGUGUUUGCCACUGAGCUUCAGGAGUACAGUAGCUUUGGUACAAGUUUAAUAACAUUGUUCAAUUUUGCCUUGGGAGCAUCAGAUUAUUUUGGACUUGAAUCGGCAAGUAGGACCCUAGGGCCUGCGUUCUUCUUCAUGUUUUCCUUCCUAUUUCAGUUCCUACUGAUCAGUAUUUUCAUUUCGAUUGUCAUGGAUGGCUAUGCUUCUAUGGUAGAGCAUGUUCUCUCACUGCACACAGAGUUACACAUGGUGGAGUUUAUCUGGAGGAAGAUCAAGCUCCGCACCAUGAAAGACAAGAAGAGGAAGAACGCCUACCAGAGAGACCUUUAUAAAAUCCAAACCAGAAGGUGAAACUGUUAAUACUGGUCAGUUGUGGUCUGAAGCCAUCGGAUCAGCGCAUGAAACUGUUGAUACUUGUCUGUUGUGGCGUGAAGCCAUCGGAUCAGCGAAUGAAACUGUUGAUACUUGUCUGUUGUGGCCUGAAGCCAUCGGAUCAGCGAAUGAAACUGUUGAUACUUGUCUGUUGUGGCCUGAAGCCAUCGGAUCCGCACAUGAAAUUGUUGAUACUUGGCCUGAAGCCAUCGGAUCAGCGAACGAAACUGUUGAUACUUGUCUGUUGUGGCCUGAAGCCAUCGGAUCAGCGAAUGAAACUGUUGAUACUUGUCUGUUGUGGCCUGAAGCCAUCGGAUCAGCGAAUGAAACUGUUGAUACUUGUCUGUUGUGGCCUGAAGCCAUCGGAUCAGCGCAUGAAACUGUUGAUACUUGGCCUGAAGCCAUCGAAUCAGCGAAUGAAACUGUUGAUACUUGUCUGUUGUGGCCUGAAGCCAUCGGAUCAGCGAAUGAAACUGUUGAUACUUGUCUGUUGUGGCCUGAAGCCAUCGGAUCAGCGAGUGAAACUGUUGAUACUUGUCUGUUUUGGUAUAUAUAUAGCAAUCAGAUCAGUAGGUGACACUUUUGAUGCUUGUGGUGCAAUGCAAAUCAAGUUUGAGACAAAUUCUGAAUUAUCAUGCUUGUCACAUGUAACACAGAUAGUGGUGCAAAGUUAUUAUACAUGUAGUUCCAAAUGUUGAAUUUACUGAAUCAUGUAUUUGAAAUAAAUGUUUUCGUUAGUU